CUAACCUCAAAAUCGAGUUAUUGUUGUUAGUUGUUGUAAACAAACUUUUAAAAUAUUAUCAAAAUGAUGUCAGACGAUUCAGAAAACGAUAUUCCUUACGAUAGAAAACGCAAACACGACCCUUACUAUAUUAAAUACAAAUUACUGAUGCAAGAGUGCGUCAAGUUUCAACGAGAGAACGAAAAGUUGGUGUUUCGAUUGCGCGAAGUCAACAAAAUCACCAAACGAAGGUACAAAGAGGUACAAUUUUUCAGGCAGCGUCUGCUCAACAUUCACGGCCAAGAUUGGUCAGUAAUCCCUCCCGAAGUACUUUCCGAUUUGACUGACGAAGAAGAGGAAAAACCUCAUCCAACCCAAGUGGUACCCAAAAAGGAGGUAAAACAAGAAAAACCAGACGAGCCUGGAGUUGUAAAAGACAAAGCGAAGCUUGAAAAAUUGGAAAAACCAAAACUUGAAAAGAAACUAGAAAAACCCAAGCCUGUUGAAAAACCUAAAACUCUAGCCAAAAGACCACCAAGAAGAAAAGUACCGAAAAGUGAACGCGACCCUAAUGCCCCAAAAAGACCCUCGAAUCCGUUUUUCCAAUUUUGCCAGGAACAAAGGCAACCACUUAUGGAACAAAUUUGCUCUGAAUUAAAACCUUUUGAAGUGGAACCCAGCAAGCAAGAAUUAACUCGUCAAUUGGCUAUAAAAUGGAAUUCCUUAUCAACAUCUGAUAAAAAGGUUUACGUAGACAGAUAUGAGCGCUCAAAAGAAAAAUAUAAUGCUCAAAUGGAGGACUAUAAAAAAACAAAGGAAUAAUAAUAUUUAUAUGAUAAAACAAUUUAGGCUUUAAAUGCAUCCUUUUCCUUCCUGAUAGCUUGCAUUGUUGACACAGCAUCAUCACAACUAGCAUGCCUUUGCACAGUACCCAUCAUAACCCUCAUAAAAGGAUUAAUCUUUUUCUCUUGUUUAAUGGUAGACGGUACAGUUGGCACCCCUUGGUUUCUUUUAAUGUCCGCUUCGGCAAUCGCCUUCAAAAUGUCUGGGUUUUCUGAUUCAACAUGCCUAGCAAAUUUGAGGUUUUGCUGGGUGUACUCGUGACCGCAAAAUACCAAAGUUUCAUCUGGUAGAAUGGAGAGUUUCUCGACCAAGGCUGUGUACAUUUGAGAGGCUGAACCUUCAAAGAACCUACCGCAACCGGCGACAAAUAAAGUGUCACCUGGAAUUGGAAUAAGAUUGUUAAUUA